AUGUCCCCACCGAGGACCACAUCACCUAAUGAAAUCGAAGACGAUAGACAAAUGAUAGAGUCUAGGUGGCCAGACAAAGUUCUUGCUCGGAUUUACACCGAGCUACCGACGCCUCUGACUAUCACCGUGGCACCAGAUAAUACCUGUGGAUUUAUCACAGGGGGAUAUUGGCCAAUGACCUGUAUAAAUGGAAAAACCUGCUCGUGGGAAUCGGGUAAGCUCAACGCCAUUUUGUGUGGGUUGGAGGGAUUCUUUACCACAUGCCUCGGCCGAGAUGACGCUCUGGACCCAGAUAUAUGCGGUGACUCUUGCAAAAGCGACUGGCAUAUUCGGCUGUGUACCGUGUCGUCUUUGGCAUGGUGUAAAACCAAAAAAUACCAGUAUGGUGUUAUGGAUUACGGAUGCGCUUCAGAAGAAUCAACUGUGACCAUUUCGUUCAACCGCGGGAACCGGGACCUCGAGUUUAGAACGACUGUUCUGGGAGAUACGUCGGGAUCGACUACAUUGCCUGAAUCGAAGACAUUGUUUAAGUCCACGACAGGACCUAAAUCCACAACAUGGACGGAGUCGACGACAUUGACUGAAACAUCGACGUCAACUGGGCCAUUAACAUCAACUACAGGGAUUGACACGACUUCUACUUCGGGGCCCAGAGGCAAUAACAACACUGGCUCAAUUGUGGGAGGUGUACUUGGAGGCUUGGCCCUCGUUUGUUUUAUGAUUCUGGGAGUUAUGUUUCUGCGUCACCGAGGAAGACACGCCCCAUCGGUAACCAAUCCCAACCCAGACCGUGGCCACAUUAAAGCCGAGUUGGAUGUUACGCCAUCCCCCAAUGCGUAUCCAGCAACAAGUACUCUACAAGGCAGUGGUCAACGAGUCGAAGGUGACUCCGUCGAAUGA